GAAGAAGAAGAAGACGGCGUCUGUGUAGAUGAUAAAUAAUGGUCGUUUGCAAAUUCUUUCAGCAGGGUAACUGCCGCUAUGGACAGAAUUGUAGAUUUGAUCAUAUAUACGGUUCUAAAUAUUCUUAUCACGGCUGCACUAAAAGGAGGACAGUGGAUCUUAUCCAGCUAUUCACCAUUUAAAGAAAAACCCAACUUUCCUGGCAUAUCCGAUUUAUCCAUGGAAGAGGCUAGGCUAUUCAUCUAUGAGGCUAAAGUAAACAACAAUUUGGACCAAGCAGUAACUUACAUGAAUAACUUAUUCAAAGAGGCAAGAACUAAAUAUGAACAGCUAUUGCAGCCUAAUGCGACAAUCAUAAAAGUUCUUAGGAGUCUAUAUAAAGGAGAAUUAGUUACAUCACCAUUUACUAAUAAUACACAAGGCUCAAGUUUUGUCCCAGAUUCAUCGGCUUCAUCGAUAUUCCGAAGUGCACUUCACAGUGACUCUGCAUUUAGUCAAAACCCAACUAAUACUAACACUUCAAUCUUUGGACAAAAUUCUUCAAGCUCUUCUGUAUUUGGACAAAAUUUUGUCCAGAAUGCUAAUGUACCCUCAGUGUUUGAACAAAAACCUAGUUUUGGAACAGAUACUGCAAAAUCAAUAUUUUCUCAAGCAACACACAAUAUUUUCAAUCAAAAUCAAACUAGUCAAAGUGGUUUUGGAGGUGGUCAACAGACCAAUAAUGUUUUUGGUCCGAGUCAAACAUCCAAUAUCUUUGAUAAACCUGACACAACAGCAAAAUCAAUUUUUGCCCAGGCCAACCAAAGUGUAUUUACUACAAACCAACCUCAAAGCGACCCUACAAGUGUGUUUGCUAGUGCAGCACAAUCGGUUUUUGCACCAUCCCCUUUUAGUCAGCAACAAGGGAGUUCCCCAUUUUUAAAUCAACAUAAUAAUUCUUUGUUUUCAAAUGCAACACCAAAUGUGUUUCAAAGCAAUCCAUCUUCUAAUGAUAACAGUGUUUAUAGUGAUAUUAAAGAUUUAUCUCCUAAAGAAAUAGAAAUUUUCAAGGCCGCUGAAUUUGAAUUAGGAUUCAUACCUGAAAUUCCUCCUCCUCAUUCUCUUUGUUUUUAAAGCAGUGUUGUUGUGAUAGUGGUAGUUCAUAGAUAGAUUUUACUUUUUAAUUAUAAUAUAAAAAUGACACUGAAUAAGGGCUUUAAAGAUGUCUAGGAUGUAUAUCUUAUUUAUUGAAUACGUUUUUCCUGAUAUAUAUUAUGUGACUUAUAAGAAACCAUUGCUCGAGCAGGUGUCCAGCUGACAGGUGAUGAGAGCCACCAACUAUCGACUGUUUAUUAGAAUGGACCAUGCACUGUAUAUACAUACAGCCAUCUCACAGUAUCAUCUAUAACCCCCCUUUAUUUCGCUCCUGCAUGGAGCUUGCAGUGUUCCUGUAUAUAUUUGCAGGGGGAUGGGUAGUGAAGUGAACAGCUAUCUUGAAUCUUGAAAUAGUAACUAAAUGUGAAACGAUUGACAAUAAAGAUGUCAAGUUACGAUACAAAAGAAAUAUCUGUAAAACUAUAAAAUGUUUUGGGUACAUUGAAGGUGCUCUCAUAGUAUCUAUCCCUCAACGGUAUUGCGUAAAAAUGGCGGGUGUACUCAAUCGAUAAUGUACUAACUAUUCAGUCAGUAUGCACUGCACUGUCGUACUUCUUGAAUCAUACUGAAGUCCUAUCUUUUGGUAAAAUAUGAUAACAAAGUUGCAGAUUGUAGAAAUCGUAUUUUUUUUGUAGUAUUCAGGCGGCUGCUUUGUAAGCUCCAUUUAAAAUUGAAUCCAUUUUAAGAUACAAAAUUGUGAUAUAACGAAAUUGGAAAUAAAAAUAAGUUACUUUCUG